AUGGGGUCUUUGGAAGCCGUGUCUCGGCACAGAGACCCUCUGCCCGCCAUCGGUUUCCUUCACAAAGACAACAACCUGGGAGGAUAUACUCCCAAACACUCGCCCCACGCUGCUUCUCCCAAUCUUUCUCAUUCCUCCAGCAACAUGUAUACCACCCAGUCUCAUUCCUAUUCCUACCCUCCACCCACCACCGCGCCGUCACAACCAGGGUAUCUCUCCUCCUCAGAACCGCGCCGGCUGGUGGACGAUGAAAUGGAGAAGUCCGCCGGUCGCCAAUCCUUACCCUCGAUUCAUGAGGCCCUCGGGAAGGAUAAUCACUUGCCGUAUCCUUCGUCCGCGUCCGCACCACCCUCACAAUCGGGACACUCCGCGUCGCAACCUCCACCACCACAACAUCCUUCCUCCUCUCAUCUGAUCGCUCGGGCGGGCGCCGAAGGACCGUCCGGACCCCCCAAUCCCUUCUCCAACGGUCCUGCCUCAGCCUCACUCAUGCGGGAGGCGGCAUAUCCUGCGCAUCCUUCUCAGCUUCAGACCGAAACAUCAUCUCGCACCAGUCUUCCCUCGGUGAAUACGCAAGAUACCCGCGUCGCAUCCCUGCAGUCGCUCAGCACGGGUCGCUCCCCCACGCAAAGUUCCAAGACGCCCAUGACCUCGAUCGCAGGCUCGCAAACCUCAUCCGCGUAUGACUACACUGCUCCACCCUCGGCCGGUAGUGUUGCUUCCCCAGUAGGCCACGGCCACUUCCCACCAAACUACUCCUUCAACCCGUCACAACCACACCACCACCCGUCGGCACAGCUACCGGGUGGCCCAGCUUACCAUCCGUCACACUACGACAACCGUGCCUACGGGACCGGGCCUCGAAUGGAAGAUGUAAAAGGUGGAUUCGCAACCAGAUCGCAUCCGCCUCAACCCCAUUCAGAAUCGGUCAAGAGACAUCUCGACGUCUAUGAUGUGGAGACAUCACUCAACGAGAUCUCUGAAUUUAGUAAUCGAACCUUGGAUUUCUCCCGACGUUACGCUGCGCUCGCGCACCAAACGCAACGUGGAGGGCCUGUUCUGGGUUCCCUGCCCACGUUGAACGAGGUCGAGGAAAUUCUCCACUUGCAGCGUCGAAAUCAAGAUGCUCUGAUCCGGAUUCGGACCGCAGUGGUCAAUCAAGAACAGGCAAUGGCCGAGCAAAUGGCGCAACGCAAACCCUACAAGUCUGGGGAAGACGAGCACAUGACUCUGUAUCAUGAAGACUACAAAGGAUCUGGAGGCUUCGCGGGCGGAGACAAUAAAAAACGGCGUGGUAAAGCGGCUCCCCCUGGCCGUUGCCACAGCUGUAACCGAGCCGAGACUCCAGAGUGGCGUCGGGGCCCUGAUGGUGCCCGAACGCUUUGCAAUGCCUGCGGUCUUCAUUACGCCAAGUUGACACGCAAGAUGGGUGCCAACAAAGCGGCUGCCAUGGGAUCCAACCUGAAGCCCAAGGUGGCCCAUGAAAUUGCCUCGCCAAUUUCCCGCUAA